UUGCAUUACUGACAUGAAUCACAUACGGCUGCAGCAUACUUUUCCUGAUUUCAGUUGGCUACAUCGAGAUUGCAUUACUGACAUGAAUCACAUACAACCUCAUGUGGGGUUGCCUUCUACCGUCAAGCCUGGGAAUGAUCACUCUUGGGACUUUGGUGGCAACUUGAAUGGUCGAGUCGAUACAUAUCCAAGGCGUUCUUAUAACGUGCAGUGUUCUGCUGUUGAAAGAUGGGGGUAUAAUUUUGAUGUGCCAUAUUCUUUACCUGAGGGAGCAAAGCAUGACUUUGGAAGAUGGAUGGUGGAAGUGCGAAAAGGAACCUCCAGAGAAGACCUGUAUUUAAAGCAUGAGAACCACAUGAACAUCUCGAGUUCAAAGCUGCCAAGGGUGUGGCCAGGGGUGCUGCAACUCUAAUCUAGUUAAAUGCUAGUGAGACUUGGGAAUUGUGGUAAUGGUAUUGGAAUCUAAGAGGAUGUAUGUAGAUUUGUGUUCGCCAACACUUUAUUGAUGUUUUGAGUUGUGAAGCUAGCUAUGCAUUAGUGUAUAUAGCAUCAACUAUGCAAGGACUGUUCCUUGCUUAAACUGAGAAUCUCAUUUGGAAAUUAUAUUUUGGAUAAAACAGUUACUACUUC